CUGCGUCUCCCUCGAAUUGCAAAAAAGUAUCGCGCGCAACUUUCGAAUAUUUCGCGACGGUGAACGAACAAAAUUUUUGCUUUUUUUUACAUCAUAUAUCAAGUUUUUCAGAAACAAGCCUCCAGCCAAUAUGCCAAUUUUAGUUGAGGAAAAUGCGAUCGGAGCUGAUGACUAUGAUAUGACAUCCGAGGUAAUUCAUUUUCAAUAUUCAAAGUAAUUAAUUAUAAAAAUUAGUUUUUUUCAGUCAGCUCUAAAAUUAUUGGAAAAAAUGGAACAAAAAAUGGCCCAAAUUUCGGAUGAAAAAAUGAAAUUAGAACUCAAGGUCCAAAUAUUAAAGAUACAAUUGAAUGGCCGAGACCACCUUAUUGAAUCUAUGAAAAAUUUCAUUGAAAAGCUGAAACGCGAGAAAAAUGAAGAUCUUCGACAAAAAAACAUCAAAAUCAAUGUAUUAAUUAUACUAAUCAUAUUACUGUUCGUUAAGAUUUUUGAUUUUGAACAAUUUUAUAGAAAAUAA